AUGCCUGGUCUAAUGAGCGCCUCAAAGCAUGGACCUGAACGUUCACAGAGGAAACGAUCACACCUCGCUUUGGAAGAUGAUGGACCGGUGACCGAAACCGAGCUCGAGAGAACAAAGCGUGUACGGAUCUCCGAAAUUAAGGAAUCCCGUCUACCUCGCCACCAACCGUCUUCGGAAGACACUGCCUCAGGAGACUGUCUUGCGCCCGACAACCACGACAUCGAACAGGAUGAUGACGACGAUGCCCAGUCCGUACAAAGCGACGCCAAUGAAGAGGGCGAAGGCCCCUCGCAAUACGAGCUGAUGCGAGACAUGGGCUUCGAGCAUCUGCAAUACGAGGAAGGAGACGACAUGAUUGCCACACAACGGUUGGAGCAGCGAGCUCUUCGCAGCGCUGCUAUGGCCGACGACAUCAGUGGCGAGAAUAGAAGAGCAAUGAAUGGCAUCAUCGAGCGCGUCACUUGUGUGAAUUUCAUGUGCCACAGCAGACUUGAAUGUGAACUCGGCCCAUUGCUCAACUUCAUUGUCGGUGAGAAUGGCAGUGGCAAAAGCGCGAUCCUGACGGCAAUCACUUUGUGUCUGGGCGCCAAAGCAAGCACGACAAACCGUGGAGGUAGCUUGAAAAACUUUAUCAAGCAGGGCGAAGAACGUGGCUUCUUGGCCGUGUGGAUCAAGAACUGCGGAGACGAUGCCUACGAGCAUGAUGUUUACGGCGACUCCAUCAUCGUUGAGCGACACUUUUCGAAAUCCGGCACCAGCAGCUUCAAGCUCAAAUCCGGUACCCAGCGACUCAUUUCGACAAAACGGGCUGACGUGGACGACAUCGUCGAGUACUUUUACCUGCAGGUGGAUAACCCACUAAACGUACUGUCUCAGGACAAUGCGCGCCAGUUUCUGAACAGCUCCUCCCCUGCUCUCAAGUACAAGUUCUUUGUUCAGGGCGUCCAACUCGAACAGCUCGAUAAAGACUAUGAACUGAUAAAGCAAUUCCUUGACGCCCACACAGAACGAAUUCCACAACUCGAAGCACGUGUUGCGCAACUCACGGAAAUUCACGAGGAAGCUGACAGAGUGCAAAAGGUCAUUGAAGGAAACAAAGAAAUGCGUGCCAAAAAACGCGAGUAUAUGAACCAGCUAGCAUGGUCGCAAGUUGCAGAGCAAGAGCUCGUUCUGCAAAACUACGACAGAUCUGUGUCUGAGGCCUUGAGGAACAUUGCAGAUGCAGAGCAGCUGCGGGAUGCUGCAACUCAGAAGCUAGAGAUUGAGGACGAAAACCUCCGCCGCGCAAAAGAGAAUUUGGCUGCGCUCAGGUCUGAAGAAGACGGCUAUAAGGAAGCUGUGGAUAAGGCCACAGAAGAUUACAAUGCCGCAAGCGCUGAAUUGCGGUCUCUGCAUGCAGACGAGCGCGACAUUCAUAGUCGUUUGAAGGGAUUCGCAGAUCGGGUUAGGGAGCUUGAGGGCAAGAUCCGGGACGAAAGGCAGCGACUAGAGGAUACAAGUGGCGAUUCGCGCCGCGAGACUCAAGCCCGCCUCGAUGCUGCUAAAGCGAGACUGCAGGAAGUGAACCAAGACAUCAGUCGUGAAAUUGAACGGCGUCCCUCUCUCGACGAACAGGCUGCCGCGGCACGUGCGGAGACAGAAAGAAUAGGCCAAGAAGUUGAACGCAAAAUGGGUGACGUCAAGUCUCGCGAGGCGCGAAUCCGGAGCCUUCAACAAAGUCGCGGGUCCUCAUCGCCAUACGACGCUUACGACAAUCGCAUGCCUCAACUGCUGGCGCUCAUCGACAGAGAUGUCCGUUUCUCCAGAAAGCCGAUUGGCCCUCUGGGCACCAAAAUCCGAGUUACGAAACCCGUAUGGGCGCCUAUUCUUGAAAAAACGUUUGGUGCGUCGCUCAACGGAUUUAUUGUGACGACGCACGCCGACCAGCAGCACUUGAGUGCGCUCAUCAAGCGUCUGGGAAUGAGCAAUGUCCCCGUCUUGAUUGCCAAUACUCGCUCUAUCAACACCGAAGGAAAAGAGCCCGACUCUCAGUUUGACACGAUUCUCCGCAUUCUAGAAUUCGACGAUCCUCUUAUUCGUGACCAACUCAUCAUCAACAGCUUCAUCGAGCAAACCAUCAUUAUCGAGAACCGGAAACAUGCUGAGCAAAUUAUGUUCAAUGGACCAGCACCCCAAAACGUCAAUGCCUGUCUUGCACUGCACGACAAAAAACGAGGGGAAGGUCUUCGCUUGGCAACUCGUGGUGGCAACAACGUGAGCACAACUCCAGUAGUUCCCAACCUGACGCAAAAACCGCGGAUGAAGACAGAUGUCAGCAGUCAAAUCGAUGUCCAAAAGGAGAUCUUGGCACAGAAUCAGCACGAACUGGACGCGUUAAGAACAGAACUCGAUUGCGUGAGACGAGAAGAGCAGCACCGCGGGAAGGAAAUCAACACACACAUGCGACGCUUGGAUGUGCUACGCAAGACAGCGCGAAGCAUGGGGGCGACAAUCCGCGAAAUCGAAGAGGAGCUCGACGUCUUCGACGGUGCCGAUGGGCGCUUGAAUAUAUUUGAACAAGAGCUAGCUGUUGCAAAGGAGAAAAAGGAGCAGUUUGGUGGGCAAUACGGCGACGUGAACAUUCGAAAAACCCUUCAAAAUGCAAAGGUGGAGGAGACCAAAAGGCUCUUGGAUGCGGCAAAAACCACGAAGCUGGACUUUGCAGCCAGGCUUGACAAGGCGAACCGCACCAAGGAGAAACGCGAGGACUUGCGCAGCUUGGCCUUGGUGGCCAAAAAUGACGCUUUUGAUAACCUCACCGAACAACAAGAAAUCAAGGCAAUGGUCGACCGCCAGCGUGACGAACAGGCUUCAGUUGUGGAAGAGUUUACAAACCAUGCUGCGGCUGUGUGCCCGCGGCGUGUAGAUAUUCCAGAGGGCGAAACGCACGCCAGUAUCGAGAAGAAAAUGGAGUCUCUUGUGGCACAAUUGGAAAAGCGCCGCAAGAAUCUGGGCAUGACGGAUGAGGAGGCCAAUAACCGCUUGGUUGACGCAAAAGCGGCGCUCGAGAAAAUGAAGACCGUGUGCGAAGUCAGCAAGAAACACAUCGAGGCCAUCGAGGUAGCGCUAUGCGAGCGACUUUCCAAGUGGCGAUUGUUCCAACGGCGCAUUUCGGCCAACUCCCGCACCAACUUCAUUUAUUUGCUGUCGGAGCGUGGUUACCGUGGCAAGCUGCUUCUCGACCACAAACGUAAGAAGCUGCGCGUACAAGUGGAGCCUGACGAGACACGGCGGAAGGUUUCAGGCCGCGACACGCGAACGCUCUCGGGCGGCGAAAAGUCGUUCUCAUCCAUCUGCCUGCUACUGGCCAUAUGGGAGGCGAUGGGCUCUCCGCUGCGGUGCCUGGAUGAGUUUGAUGUGUUCAUGGACAACGUCAACCGCGAUGUGAGCACAAACAUGCUGGUGGAUGCUGCACGUCGGUCCGUGGGUCGGCAGUAUAUCUUUAUCACACCGAAUGCCAUCCAGGGCAAUGCGCGGCAUGCACCAGAUGUCAGGAUCAUCCGGUUAACCGAUCCGAGACAGAGAACACUGGACGAAAUGUAG